UGCGGACCUUCGAAUUUAAAAGGAAAAAAGCAGAGCCAAACAAAUAUAUUCGAUAUGAACAGAAAAAUAUCUCUGGUUUUAUUGUUUUUGAUAAUUGCUUUGUGUUGUUUGAUCGAAAUGGCUGAAUCUGCAGAUGUUACGAAAUCAUCGUUAUCGGCGGCUGUCCACAUCAUAUACACCGAGAAGCCUCAGGAUGAGCAGCCUGAAGCCUACCAUCUCCGAACCCUCGCAUCCGUCCUCGGCAGCGAAGAAGCUGCUAAGGAUGCCCUGAUCUACAGUUACAAGACGGCUGCCAGCGGCUUCUCCGCCAAGCUUACUCCCGAACAGGUUGCCGAGAUAUCAAAACAACCUGGUGUUCUUCAAGUGAUCCCGAGCAGGACACUCCAGCUGCAUUCUGGACCAGGGAACCUGCACUAGGGCUCAAGAAACUCUGUUACCAUACUAAAAAUAAAAAUCUGUCGAACAAUGAUCACCUUCUGAUCUAUAAAGCACUUUGACCUGUUCCCUAUA